CGUUUCAUUUUCCCCGUGAGUUUCUUUCCUUCCGGGAAAGCUCGUGAAUUUUCCGUCGUCGCAAGUUUCCUCAUCGAACUCUCUCUCUCUCUCUCUCUCGUCUCGACAGCGACGAAGAAAACGAGGAAAUCCAUUUCUCAAUCCCGUCGCUUUCGUUCGUUUCCUAAAGAGAAGCUUCUAGAGCAAGGAACCCUGAAUUAGACGAAGAGAGAGAAAGAGAGAGAGAUGGGGCCUGAUGCCGAGACGUUAGCGGCGGCGGCGAGGCAAGCGGAGAGGUUGAGGAAGGACGGGAACGAGUGUUACCGGAGGAGUCGUUUUGGAGCCGCCAUUGAUGCUUACACCGAGGCCAUAACCCUAUGCCCGACCGUGCCUGUGUACUGGACGAAUCGUGCCCUUUGCCAUCGCAAGCGGAAUGAUUGGCAGAAAGUCGAGGAGGAUAGCAGAAAAGCUCUUCAGCUCGAUCAUGAUUCUGUCAAGGCUCACUAUAUGCUGGGACUGGCCUUGCUGCAAAAACAAGAAUACACCGAAGGGGUCAAGGAAUUGGAAAGAGCUUUGGAUCUUGGAAGGGGUGCACAACCUCGGAGUUAUAUGGUAGAAGAAAUUUGGCAGGAACUAUCAAAAGCAAAAUAUUUGCUGUGGGAGCAGAAAUCUACUAAGCGAUCUUGGGAACUGCAAAGCUUGAAGGAAGCUUGUGAGAUGGCUCUUAAAGGGAAAUUUGUUAGCGACGCUUCCAAGACAGAAGGAUUUUUGGAUGAACUUGCCAAGUCUCAUUUGGAACAGGUAAAUGCCGUGGGACAAGUCUUCCAGAAAGCUGCAGAAGCUGACACGCCCGCUGAAGUGCCGGAUUAUCUGUGUUGUAAAAUUACCCUCGAUAUAUACCGCGAUCCUGUCAUCACACCCAGUGGGAUAACAUAUGAGAGAGCAGUACUUCUUGAACAUCUCAACAAGGUUGGGAAAUUUGAUCCAAUUACGCAUGAGCGACUCGACCCUUCUCAGCUGGUACCAAACUUGGCCAUUAAAGCAGCAGUUCAAGCAUAUCUAGAUGAACAUGGUUGGGCAUACAAAUGGGAUUGAUGACCAAAGUUUAGGACGGGAUAAGAGGUAGGAGGCUUUCGCAAUGGAAUAGAGCGCAGCCAAUCAUUUUUCUAUCCUGGAUGUGUCUCAUUCCGUUGGUGCUGUUACUGCAUACAAAAUGUAAGUCUGUUAUAGUGUUAAGGGCGGGCCUGAAAAUAGGUGUCUUCUCUGAAUUGUACAGAUAGGUAUCAAAAUUGCGUAUUGCAACACAUAGUUGCAUGUACAGCCGCUUGGUCUUGGACCUUUUUCAUAAGUGACGGUGUCUUCUGACUCAUUCAGCUUGUGAAGCAUUUAGACUCGAGUUUCAACCUCUCUUCUCAAACCUCUCAACUCAAUUGAUAGUGAAACAUAAUUUAUAGAUCAUGAUCAAAGUG